GUGCUGCACAAAAACGAGUAUGAAUCGUUUAGUUGACAGAAUCGCCAUCGUUACCGGGUCCACAAAGGGAAUAGGCUACAGCAUAGCGAGGCGACUUGCUCAAGAAGGUGCUAAGGUAAUAAUAUGUAGCAGGAAGAAAGAAAACGUUGAAGCUGCCAAAAAGAAGCUCUUAAGUGAAUGUCUUGAUAUCGAAGCCAUGGUUUGCGACGUAGCAAACCCUUGUGACAGAGAAAAACUUCUAAAGGAGGCAGAAAAAUGGGGCAGACUGGAUAUAUUGGUUUCUAAUGUCGCCGUGGACCUUCAGUCAGUAUUGGUUCCAAUUUUUGACUGCUCUGAAAGUACCUGGGACAAAGUAUUUGAAGUGAACGUGAAGGUUUCUUAUCUUUUAUCAAAAGAAGCACUUCCGUUGCUUAGGAAAAGUAACGCAGGAAGAAUAAUAUACGUUUCGGCACUUGGAGCCUAUUUCGCCCAGAACCAGAUGGGAGUUUACGCGAUUAGUAAGGUCGCCUUGCUAGGUCUUACGAAACAAGGGGCGCUCCACUUGGCACAGGAAAAUAUCACAGUGAACUGCAUCGCUCCGGGACUUAUAGAAACGGAUUUGUCGAAAUCAGUCUUAGAAACGGCUGAUGAGAUUCGUAAAAAGGCGUCAUUUAUACCAUUGAACAGAGCUGGAAGUACUGAAGAAGUAAGUGGAACAGCUGCAUUUUUGGCUUCAGAUGACGCUUCCUACAUUACCGGUGAAACUAUAGUUGUUGGAGGAGGAGUGCAGUCCAGGUUAUAACAAAGUUAGACAAAUUUAUGUCAAUAUCCAAGAAACCCCGAUAGUUAUUUAUUAGGAUGAUUAAUAAGACCUGAAUAACAUUUUCUUAAUCAUUACAGUCUCUUCUUUUACAUUUAAUUAAUUAAAAUUAAUGUUAAUUUGAAUGAUCGUGGUUGCUCUUUAUGCAAAAAAGCUAUUUGAUAUCUUUUCAAUCAAAUUUUACAACGCUACAAUCUGUAAAAUUUAAAAAUGUUAUUAAGUGCAAUUGGGCCCA